AUGCACGAUGAUCAAGAUCGGCCUAAUACUGUGCUAAUGUUAUGUGAUAUACAACCUCAUGAUAGAGAACAUUUACUUCAUAAAGAAUUAACCCUCAAAUUUAAACAAGCCUCCGAUCGUGUUAUUUUGAUUACUAAUUCUGUGGAAAGAUUUAAAAAACAUAGAAAGAUUGAUGAGAGAUUGGUUAGGGACUUGGAAUUUGCUUUUAGAGUGGUACAAAUUGAAGGAACAGCACUAAGAAAAUUGAGAAAUCAAAAUAGAAGAGUGGCACUAGCAGCUGUUCAGCAAAAUGGAAAUGCCUAUUCCUAUAUUAAAGGUCCUUUUCAGAGGGAUUUGGAAUGUGUGAUGAGUGCUGCUUUAACAUGUGGUAAUAAUAUUGCCAUGAGAAUAUUGAAUCAGGAUACAUUAUCAGAUGAAGAAAGAAUGGGAGUGAUGAAACGAUUAUUAGAUAAUAGUAGAGUGAAUGUAGUUAGGCUAUUUCGAUGCAUGCCCUCUAGUUGCUUUACAAGCUUGAAUUUUUGCAUAGAAUUGCUUCCUAAAGUUAAGAAUCAUUUGUAUGAUGUAAUGUUUGCUUCAUUUUGCAGUGAUAGAGACGCCUUAUUACAACUAUUAAGAAAUUGUCAGACAUUUGAUCAUGGAUUUCCAAAUUUUGUGGGUAAAGGGUUAUGGGAUAAAGAAUUGGUUUUAGAGAUGGUAUCUAGGGACGGUAUUUCAAUUGAACAUAUACCACGUAACUUACAAGCUGACAGGGAUAUUAUUCUGACAGCUGUGAAAAACGACGGAAGAGCAUUGAUGUUUGCACAUCCUCCACAUAAUUCUGACUUUGAAAUCGUUACAGAAGCUGUCAAGAGUAAUGCAAGAGGGUUUUUUUAUGUUGAUAAUGAAUUAAAGUCAUCCAAGAAGUUUAUUGAUAUGUGUAUGAGAGAAAAUCAAGAAGGAUUUAGUUAUUUGAGACAAUACGAUCAUGAGGUAGAGAGCGGUUUAAGAAAGUUUGGUUACUAA